AUGAAUAUCACUAAAAGUACGAUUAUUUUCUUCUUAUGUAUUCUUAUCGCCUAUGGAGUUCUUGCCCAAGAUACAGCAUCAACAGCAGAGCCAUCAACAGCGCAAGAGACCGCUGCCGCUCCCGCUGGAGCUCCUCCUCUUACUAGUGCACCCACUCCUACUGAUAGUGUUGCUCCUGCUGGCCCUAGUGGUGCACCUGCUGGCCCUAGUGGUGUACCUGCUGCUGGGCCUAGUGGUGCCGCACCUAGCAGUGCCCCUAAGAGUAAUUCUGGGACCUCUUCGUCCGGUGCAUCUGGUUCAUCAACUGCUCCAUCAUCCACUACUAGUGCCAAGCCAGCAUCAGCUGCUUCAAGCGUUCGUGUUGACAGUUUUGAAAUGAUCAUUGGAUUUGUUGCUUUGUUCAUUUGCAGUUUAUUAUAUUAA